AUGGAUGAAAAUAUACUUCGUUCACGUCAAAAAGUAGCAAGUAAAAGUGAUGAGAAAAGUUCCGAUCAAGAAAAAGAAAAGAUGUUAAUAAAAAAUCGAAAACAAACUGGUGAAAAUAAUGAUUUUGGUGAUAUAGAAAAAGUUCCAUCUAAUAUUGAAAAUAUUAUGGAGAAAUAUUUUGAUAUAUUUUUUGGAGAAUUUUUUUUGCCAUUGGUUCAAUGGUUAUGUUUUUGUCCCAUGGUGAAAUUAGUUAUUCAUGGUUAUCAAGUAUUAAUACUUUGUUUAGCAAGUCCAAUUAUAGUUUGCCCUUCAUUAGUGAAUAAUAUUGCACAACGAAUCAAUCCAUUACGUUCAGCAUCACGUGAAAAUAUAUUACAACCAAAUUGGUUAUUAGUUGAUAUUGGAUUUGGUAGUUUAUUAUUUUAUCUUCAAUGGGUAUUUGGUGAUCUAUCAGUUGUUAGUCGAUGGGGUGCUUUUGCUCUAAGUAUAUUUAUUGGAUCAAUACUUCCAUUAUUAUUUUAUAAAAUAGCUCGUGCUCUUUCAGCACAUAUUGUUUUUAUUGCUAAUUUUCCAUAUAUUAUUCAAUUUAUUUAUGCUGUUUGGACAAGUGCUUAG